AUGCUAUCCUUCCGUUCUCCCAUCGCCCAUCGCGAUGAAGAACCGUCACGCGAGACGUCUACAACGCGAUCUCGUGUUCAGCUUAAUAUUUCCGAGAAAUGGAGAGAUCUUGUGGUUGCGAAUUGGCAUUUGGGGUUUACUGCGUUCGGAGGUCCGCCGGUUCAUUUUCAGAUUUUCCAUACGAAGUUUGUGGAUAGACUAAAAUGGAUUGAUGAACAGAUGUACCAAGAACUCUUCGCAUUAUGCCAGGCCCUCCCGGGUCCGGCGAGUACCAAAAUGCUGUUCUGCAUAAACUCAAUCCACGGCGGCUUCCUCGGCGGCUUCCUUGCAUUCUGCAUUUGGAGUCUCCCCGGCGCCAUAGGAAUGUACGGUCUAUCCCUCGGCGUCUCCAAAAUCGGUGACAAAAUGCCGUCACCGGUGUACGCCCUACUAUCGGGACUCAACGCCGCAACGGUGGGGAUAAUCGCCCUAGCAGCAGUACAACUAUCCGAAAAGGCUAUAACAGAUAAAAUAACCAGGAUCCUAGUAUUCCUCGGAGGAGCCGUGGGGAUGUUAUAUUCCGCACUGUGGUUUUUCCCCGUACUCAUGCUCGCGGGAGGAGUAGCGACUGUGGUAUGGGAUUAUCGAUGGCUUCAGAAUUUCUUCAAGAAGUUUAAAAAACAGAAGAUAGAGAAUCAAGAAGAAUCCUUGGAAGAGGUAAUAAGUGAAGCUCCGAUAGUUCAAGAGGAUGCAACAUCAAUAACUUCUACAACUACCCGUCAAAGAAGAAGAGACCACCAACAUCAAGAUCAAACCGCCAUCCUCCCAGUCUCCACCCUUCCUUCUUCCCCAACCACCACCGUCGCUACACCCCAAGAAACCACAGAAGAAAAACAAUUACUAACCUGGCGAACCGGUACCCUCGUAAUCCUCGCCUUCUUCACAACCUUCAUAGCAGUAAUGGUCCUCCGCGGCACCUUAAAAGCCCCACCACUCCCUUACUCCGUCUUUGCAAACCUAUACCUCGCGGGUACCAUAAUCUUCGGCGGAGGACCCGUGGUCAUCCCACUCCUUCGAGAUUAUAUAGUAGGAGAAGGAUGGGUAUCCAGUCGUGAUUUCUUAUUAGGACUGGCGGUAAUCCAAGCUUUUCCCGGUCCUAACUUUAAUUUUGCUGUUUAUCUCGGUUCUUUGGCUGUUCGCAGUAGUAUUGGUGGUGGUAAUAAUAUACCGAAGGAAUUAGGUGCCAUAAUCGGUUUCUUCGGAAUAUUCACACCGGGGAUGAUUCUUGCAGCUGGAGUAAUGGGAUUAUGGUCUACAAUCAGAAAGAAGAGAUGGACGAUAUCCUUUUUGAGAGGGGUGAAUGCUUUGGCUACCGGGUUAGUGUUUACGGCUGUUUAUAGGCUUUUCCAGACAGCGGUGUUGGAUGAGGAGUAUAGCGGCGGGAGGGAGUUGGGGAUCGAUCCCUUUUGGGUGGCGGUUACGGCCACGAGUUUUGUGGGUGGGAGGUGGUUUGGGGUGGAGCCUUUCUUUGCGAUAUUGUUGGGUGGGGGAUUGGGGAUUGUUUGGUGGGGGGUUGUUAAGGCUUGA